AUGUCUAUCGGAGUCAAGAUACUGCAAAAGAUCGUCAAAAAUGAGGCCAUGGCCCAUGACCCGCCGGAGAUUUACGGAUGGCGCGUAUACCUCCUGGCCUUCUCAGCCUGCUUCGGCGCCAUGUCCUUCGGUUGGGACUCGUCCGUGAUUGGCGGUGUCAUCGUGAUGGACCCUUUCAUCAAGGACUACAAGCUCGGUGACCCCAAGAGUGCAGCCUCAGCCAACCUGUCCGCGAACAUCGUCUCCACCCUGCAAGCCGGCUGUUUCGUCGGUGCCCUCGCCGCCAGUCCAUUGACUGACAAGUACGGUCGCAAAUGGUGCCUCAUCGCCUUGUCUUUCAUCGUCCUCCUCGGUGUCGUCAUGCAAGCUGCUGCGAGCGGCCACCUGGCCGCCAUGUACAUCGGUCGGUUCAUCGCCGGCCUCGGAGUCGGUGCCGCCUCGGCCAUCAACCCGCUGUAUGUGAGCGAGAACGCACCGCGUGCCAUCAGGGGCCUGUUGACGGGCAUGUACCAGCUCUUCAUCGUGACGGGUGGUAUGCUCGCCUUCUGGAUCAACUACUCGGUCAACAUCCACAUGACCGGAAAGGUCAUGUACAUCUUCCCGCUCGCGAUCCAGGCGCUCCCCGCCCUGCUGCUGUGCUUCUGCAUGCUGCUCUGCAACGAGUCGCCCCGUUGGCUGGCCCGCCAGGACCGCUGGGAGGAGAGCAAGCACGUGCUGGCCCGCCUCCGCAACCUCUCCCCCACGCACCCCUACCUCGAGGAGGAGUUUUCCGAGAUCGUCGACCAGCUCGAGAAGGAGCGCCGGCUCAUCGGGGACGCCACCGCCGCGAACCUGCACAAGGAGAUGUGGACCAUCAAGGGCAACCGCAACCGCGCCCUCAUCAGCAUCGGCCUCAUGAUCUGCCAGCAGAUGACGGGCACCAACGCCAUCAACACGUACGCCCCGACCAUCUUCAAGAACCUGGGAAUCACCGGCACCUCGACCAGUCUCUUCAGCACCGGCAUCUACGGCAUUGUCAAGGUCCUGAGCUGCGUCGCCUUCCUGCUGUUCCUGGCCGACUCGUUCGGGCGCAGGCGGUCGCUGCUGAUGAGCUCCGUCGCCCAGGGUGUAUGCAUGUUUUACAUCGGUCUGUACGUCCGGAUCUCACCACCCGUAGCAGGCGAGGCCGUGCCCCCCGCUGGCUACGUCGCCUUGGUCUGCAUCUUCGUCUUUGCCAUGUUCUUCCAGUUCGGCUGGGGCCCAGCAUGCUGGAUCUACGCAUCCGAGAUCCCAACUGCCCGUCUCCGAUCCAUGAACGUCUCGUACGCCGCGGCGACCCAGUGGCUCUUCAACUUCGUCGUCGCCCGGGCUGUGCCAACCAUGCUCGUGACUGUCGGUGAGCACGGCUAUGGCACGUAUUUGAUCUUCGGAAGCUUCUGCUUCUCCAUGUUCUUCUUCGUCUGGUUCCUUGUGCCCGAGACCAAGGGUCUGUCUCUGGAGGCCAUGGACGAGCUUUUCGGCGUCACCGACCACAAGGCUCCUUCCCUAGAUGGCACAGGCUCGUCGCGAGCGGAUGACAAGCCACACCCCAUUGCCGAGCAGACAGAGAUUCAGAGGUAG